UUCCUCUCUCCGGGCAAGAUGGCGGGGGGUGAGGUUGGAGUGACUCUUGGUCAGCCGCACCUUUCGCGCCAGGAUCUUGCCACCUUGGAUGUUACCAAGUUGACACCACUUUCACAUGAAGUUAUCAGCAGACAAGCCACAAUUAACAUAGGUACAAUUGGUCAUGUGGCUCAUGGGAAAUCCACAGUUGUCAAAGCUAUUUCUGGAGUUCAUACUGUCAGAUUCAAAAAUGAAUUAGAAAGAAAUAUUACAAUCAAGCUUGGGUAUGCCAAUGCUAAGAUUUAUAAACUUGAUGACCCAAGUUGUCCUCGACCAGAAUGUUAUAGAUCUUGUGGGAGCAGUACACCUGAUGAGUUUCCUACAGAUAUUCCAGGGACCAAAGGGAACUUCAAAUUAGUCAGGCAUGUUUCCUUUGUUGACUGUCCUGGCCAUGAUAUUUUGAUGGCUACUAUGUUGAACGGAGCAGCAGUGAUGGACGCAGCUCUUUUGUUGAUAGCUGGUAAUGAAUCUUGCCCUCAGCCUCAGACUUCUGAACACCUGGCUGCUAUAGAGAUCAUGAAACUGAAGCAUAUUUUGAUUCUGCAAAAUAAAAUUGAUUUGGUAAAAGAAAGUCAGGCUAAAGAGCAAUAUGAGCAGAUCCUUGCAUUUGUACAAGGUACAGUAGCAGAAGGAGCUCCCAUUAUUCCAAUUUCUGCUCAGCUAAAAUACAAUAUUGAAGUUGUCUGUGAGUACAUAGUAAAGAAAAUUCCAGUACCCCCAAGAGACUUUACUUCAGAACCCCGACUUAUUGUUAUUCGAUCUUUUGAUGUCAACAAACCUGGCUGUGAAGUUGAUGACCUUAAGGGGGGUGUAGCUGGUGGCAGUAUUCUAAAAGGAGUAUUAAAGGUGGGCCAGGAGAUAGAAGUCAGACCUGGUAUUGUUUCCAAGGAUAGUGAAGGAAAACUAAUGUGUAAACCAAUCUUUUCCAAAAUUGUAUCACUUUUUGCGGAACAUAAUGAUCUUCAGUAUGCCGCUCCAGGGGGUCUUAUUGGAGUUGGAACAAAAAUUGACCCCACUUUAUGCCGAGCUGACAGAAUGGUGGGUCAGGUACUUGGUGCAGUUGGAGCUUUACCUGAAAUCUUCACAGAAUUGGAAAUUUCCUAUUUCCUACUCAGAAGGCUUCUAGGCGUACGCACUGAAGGAGACAAGAAAGCAGCAAAGGUGCAAAAGCUGUCUAAGAAUGAAGUGCUCAUGGUGAACAUAGGAUCUCUGUCAACAGGAGGGAGAGUUAGUGCGGUCAAGGCAGAUUUGGGCAAAAUUGUUUUGACUAAUCCUGUGUGCACAGAAGUAGGAGAAAAAAUUGCACUUAGCCGAAGAGUUGAAAAACACUGGCGUUUAAUUGGUUGGGGUCAGAUAAGAAGAGGAGUGACAAUCAAGCCAACAGUAGAUGACGACUGAAGAAUCCCAGUUAAAUAAUACAUUUGGAUGGAGUGGGAUUUCUCUUAACCUAGGGGUAUAUUUUCAAAGUAAUAUUAGGAAAUUUAUUUCACAGCUCAUUACCUUAGUAGGUAGCUAGCUGUAAGAUUAUCCUCAUUUUUCGAUGAAAAUCUAACCUCUGGUAUUAAAAUAGUAUCUAUAAUAAAUAUGAAAAUUGGCAUAACGUUGCAUUCAAUCUACAUUUUACAGAAGUUAAGCAUUCCCAAAUGUCUGAUUUAUAAUGUCAACACAGGUUCAAAAAGAAAUCAUUUGUUACAGCUAAUCUUUGCUAUGGCAUACACACAUGCCGCUGAACCUGUUUGAAAUAAAGGUUGUUGUUUUUUUCAUGUUCUGUCUUUAAGUAGCUCUAGGCUGAAGGACUGUUGUACUAUUAAAAACUUGAAGACACAAAUUCUCCUAGAAAACCAGCCCCCUUUUGUUUGGCCCCAUAUUUUAUGUUGUUUUAUCUUUGAAGUUUUGAGGCAAAAGGAAAUUAGUAGGUUUAAAUGAAAUUGUUCUUCAAAGCAUGAGUGCUCAUUCCCAUAAACUGUUCUUUCUCUUUCCCUGUGAUGCCCUGAUGCAUUUUAUGCCUGAAACAUAAUCGUCUUGCCUUGUUGGAAAAUACUGUUGUAACAGGUUUUAAAUGUGUUUUCUUAACUGUUUAAUCGAUAAUGGUCAUGACAGACAUUCUCCUGUUCAUAAUCUAUGGACCUUUCAAAAGCUCAAGAGAGAAAAGAUGUUAGAAAGCAGAGACUGACUCCUUUUGAUUUUUAACUUAUGCUCCAUGUCCCUACACUUUUCUUGCGCUCUUCUUUUUAUUUUAUUUAUUUGUUUUUUGCUUCAUAAAAGAUUCUGUUGAGCAGUAAUUCCCAGCUCUGGCUGACAUGGAAUUGGUAGGAAAAGUGGAGUGGGCGGGCCCAGUGGCUCACACCUAUAAUUCUAGCACUCUGGGAGGCUGAGGCAGGCGGAUUGCCUGAGCUUAGGAGUUUGAGACCAGCCUGAGCAAACUAGACCCUGUCUGUAUAAAUAGAAAAAACUAGCUGGGCGUUGUGGCAGGUGCCUGUAGUCCCAGUUACUCGGGAGGCUGAGGUAAGAGGAUUGUUUGAGCCCAAGACUUUGAAGUUGCUGUGAGCUGUGACAUCACAGCAUUCAACCCCCAGGGCACCUGAGUGAGACUCUGUAUCAGAAAAAAAAUGGGGCUCGGCACCUGUGGCUCAAGCGGCUAAGGCGCCAGCCACAUAUACCUGAGCUGGCGGGUUCGAAUCCAGCCCGGGCCCACAAAACAAUGAUGGCUGCAACCAAAAAAUAGCCAGGCGUUGUGGCGGGUGCCUGUAGUCCCAGCUACUUGGGAGCCGGAGGCAGGGGAAUCCCUUGAGCCCAGGAAUUGGAGGUUGCUUUGAGCUGUGAUGCCACGGCACUCUACCCAGGGUGACAGCUUGAGGCUCUGUCUCAAAAAAAAAAACAGAUUCUGAAUUGACUUGGGAUAGAGCCCAGGCAUUGAUUUCCCCCCACCCCACCCCAUGACAGAGUCUCACUUUGUUGCCCUUGGCAGAGUGCGAUGCCAUCAAGCUUACAGCAACCUGAAACUCUGGGGCUCAGGUGAUCCUCUUGCCUCAGCCUCCCAAGUAGCUGGGACUACGGUGCCCUCUGCAACACCCGGCUAUUUUUAGAGACGGGGUCUCAUUCUUGCUCAGGCUGGUCUUGAACUCCUUAGCUCAGGCAGUCCACCCACCUCAGCCUCCCAGAGUGCUAGGAUUACAGGUGUGAGCCACCAUGCCUGGCCAGGCAUUGAUGCUUUUAAAAACUCCCUUGCACUGAGAAAUAAGUUUAGAGAUUUGAGAAGUAGAUAUAUUAAAUAACAGGAUCUUACUUGGUUUUGUCAGUCUGAUAGUACUUUUCAGUUUGCUUUCCUUAAAUUAGCAUUGACAGAGGAUUUGAUGCCACAGUCAUCAUAUUGUGCUCUUUUGGGCAUUAAAGUUGCCUUGUAGAAGUUUAGAAGCUGUAUCUAUGAGUCAUUAUUUAAGUUGAUAUGUUUUAGGGAAACAUAUUAAUGUUUUAUAUAUAUAUACUUGGUGGACUUUAAAGGGUUGUGUUGUAGCCUGAGGAACACGUUUAAAUAAAACAAGGUUUUAGGCAAGAGAAUUGCUUGAGCCCAAGAGUUUGAGGUUGCUGUGAAUUGUGACGCCAUAGCACUCUACUGAGUAUGACAAAGUAAGACUCUGUCUUUAAAAAAAGAAAGGUUCUAUACCAAACAUUAAUUUUAUGUUUAACAUAUCCCCACGUGUUUCAUAAGCACUUCCUACAGGAAAUUCUAGAAUAAGACCCAAAAUAUUGACUAAUUUGUUAUACAAGGUAUCCUGUUAAUACAAGACAUAAUUAAUCUCAUGUGUAAUUAAUCUCAUGUUAGAAUUGGAACCAGAAAUCUAUUGUAAUUAAUGUCAAACAUCCACAUGAAUGUCAACAAAUUUGCAAAGCACUACGCUGAAUGUAAUCGCUGAAUGUAAUGGUGUAUACAGAUAAGAAAACAAUAGACAUUAUUUUCGUAGAAUUUGACAAUGCAGUGAUCCUUAGCAAAAGAUUAUACCUGAUUGAGAAGCCUAUAAUGCAACUUUUUUUUUUGCAGUUUUUGGCCAGGGCUGGGUUUGAACCCACCACCUCUGGCCUAUGGGCCAGCGCCCUACUCCUUUGAGCCACAGGUGCUGCCCCAAUGCAACAUUUUUAAUGAAAGUAUAUUGCAUGUAUAAAUCCUCUUGGCUGAACUGUCAAGGUAUUUUCAAAAUCUGACCAGUUCUUAGCACCUCCAGUGCUAUCACCCUAGUGAAAGCCACCUGUCGCUGUCACCUGGAUGGACUAGCUCUUCUAACUCCUCCCUGCUUCUGUGCUUGCUCUGCUGUAGUAUUUUCUUGACACAGUAGUCAGUUACCCUGUUUGUAAAAGAAUACUAUGUACAACUCUGUGAGAAUAAACUGUAAAGUUAGUAUCAGAAAUGAUGGGCAUGAAGACAGUCUAGCUGUGACAUCAUCCAAAUGGUUUCCAGGCUCAUCUAGAAAGCCGUGUGAGUUUUACUCCCAUGUAACUUCCAAAGGUGAUUAUGUGUGUAUGUGCUUGUUUUUGCAGAAGAAAAAGAACUUCUAAUAAGAAUGUGCAAAUAGCUGUACUCAUAAAACUUCUGAAAUCCCAUUUCUAGAAAAAUGAUAUGGUGCUUCUUCCAGUGAAAUGGAUGCUUUUCUGGAAAUGUGCAAUUUUUUUUAAAUUAUCAAAUAGGAAGCAGAUACUCCUAAGAGAUUUAUGACCAUGAAACAGGUUAUUAAAAUGUUACACCUGCAAAAAUCUCCACAGACUCACAAUACACAUUCUGCCAAUUUUAAGGAAUAGCUAAUUCCUAAUGUUAUUAAAAUUGCUCCAGAAUAUAGGAAAAGAAAGGAGUGGGGGAGAGACAUCCUUAUUCAUUGUUCAAAAUUAUUAUAUUUCUGCUACUCAAAUUUGGACAGAACACUACAAACAAAACUGAAGAUCAUUUUCCACAUAUCUAGAAGUAAAACGUAUACUAAAAUCCAGCAAUGUAUUAAGAGAAUGAUACAUUCUUGUAUAUACAUGGGUGUUUUAUAGGUUGAACGAAAGUAGUUUGGAGAUGUAUUUGAUGGAAUUCACAAUAAUAUUUAAAACAUAGAUGAUGUAAAGAAGGAAACUUUAUGGACUUUUUUUUUUCCUUUUGGAAACUUUAUGGACUUGAUGUAUGUACUAAGCAAAGCAUUAGCAUAACCAUUGUUUUAAUGAUGAAACAUUAGAGUACAAUAGUGUAGCGUCCUGCCAUGAUGCCAUAGGUGAGGUGAAAAUGUCAAUUGGGUAAAAUAUGGGUUAUUUUUAGGUUAGUGAAAUAAUUAGAAUGAAAUUCCCAGGGUGGGAAGCAAUCCUGAAUUAUAUCAGAAUUCAUAUUGUAUGAUUUUUCUGUAUUCUUAUUAAGGUCUGAAACAAGAAUGUCACCUACUACUUAAGUUCUACAACAUUGUUAUCUGGGUUUAGCAUAUGAAAUGUAAAUACAGUAGAACCUCCAUAGUUGACCACCUCCUUACAUUGACCACCUUGAGUUAACCUGGUUUUCAUAGGCUACACAUGCACCACAUGUACUCGAUGGAUGUCCCUUAUGUUAACCACCUCUGUAUAUUGACCAGUUUGUUAAAGUCCCUUUGGUCAUCAACUUACAGAGAGAGGUUCGACUGUAUUGGGAAUGUAAAAGAAUGUUUUUUACAAGGUAUAAAAUUUUCUACCUAGAAAAUACAACCUAGAAUCUGAAAAACAAACUGGUAAAAGUUAAGGUGACAGUUGAACAUGCAAAAUUAUUAAUUUAUGUAUUCGUUAACAUACAAAUCAAAAUGCAAUGGGUAUUAACCAUCCAGGUGUACAUUUAACAAGAAUAUGCAAGAUAUGUAUGAAUGAAGAUAACAUUUGCUAAAGAACAGAAUAGGAGAUAAAAAUAAUAAAGAUAAUCUUCGGUGGGAACAUUCAAUAUUUUACAGAUGACUGCCUCCCAUUUUUUCCUACAAAUUCAUUGCAAUCUUGAUCAAAAUUUUAGUAAGGCUUUUAAAAACUUAUGAAGCUGAUAAUAAAGAUUUGGAAAUGUUAAGUUCCCAAGAAUGGUAUAUAAACAUUUGAAAAAAAUUGUGGUUGGUGAGUAAAGCUAACGUUUUAGAACAUAGAAAGCAAAAAAAAAAAAAAAAACAUUUUAGAACAUAGAAAGCCACAGUAUUUAUAAAAGUAUGAUGUUGAUGUAGGAGUAUAUCAAUCAUUGGAACAAACUUUACAACCAGAUGUAAAAGUUUAGUAAUUUAUGCUAAAGGCAGUGUUUGAUGUCAGUCAGGAAAAGAACAGACCAUUUUGUAGUCAAAAUAGCCAUUUGGGGAUGCAAAAAAAUUUUUUUUUCUUUUUAUUUAUUUAUUUUGAGACAAAGUCUUACUAUGUCGCCUCGGUAGAGUGCUGUGGCGUCACAGCGCAGAGCAACCUCAAACUCGUGGGCUUAAGCGAUUCUCUUGCCUCAGCCACCCAAGUAGCUGGGACUACAGGCACCCACCACAAUGCCUGGCUAUUUUUGUUGUUGUUGGAAUUUUCAUUGUUUAGCAGGCCCUGGCUGGGCUCGAACCCUCCAGCCUUGGUGUAUGUGGCUGGCACUCUACUCCCUGAGCUAUGGGCGCUGAGCCAGGAUCAAAAAUCUUUUAUUUAAAAUUGUAUUUAAGGCCAGGUGGGGUAGUUCAUGCCUAUAAUCUUAGAACUCUGGGAGGCCGACGUGGGUGGAUUGCUUGAGGUCAGGAGUUCGAGACCAGCCUGAGCAAGACUGAGACCCCCCCCCAUCUCUACCAAAAAAUAGAAAAACUAGCUGGUUCUGGCGUGGGCCCGUAGCCCCAGCUGCUUACGAAGCUGUCGCAAGGUGGCGCUCGUACCUCGGUGGGUAGGGUGUAGGCCACAAACACCAAGGCCGGUGAGUUGAAACCCACCCGGGCCAGCUAAACAACAAUGACAACUGCAACAAAAAAAGAAAAAAAAUAGCCGGGCGUUGUGGCGGAUGCCUGUAGUCCCAGCUCCUUGGGAGGCUGAGGCAAGAGAAUUGCUUAAGCCUGAGUUUGAGGUUGCUGUGAGCUGUGAUGCUACAGCACUCUACCCAGGCUGACAGCUUGAGACUGUCUCCAAAAAAAAAAAAAAAUGUCACAAGAGGAUCGCUUGAGCCCAAGAGUUUGAGCUAUGACGCCACGGCACUCAACCCCAGGGCAACAGAGUAAGACUGUCUCCAAAAAAAAAUAAUUUGUAUUUAAGGUUUAAUUUUAUUGAGAUUAAAAUUAUAAACAAAGAAAUGUAAGAGAUUAUUUUAAUCACAUGAAGAAAGCAAAAGAAGAAACCCAAAAGUAAUAAAGAAAAAGGUGACAGAUAUUUAAAAGUUCAAAACUUAUGGCUGAAGAUAUCACAUAUUCAAAAGAUGAUAGAGUGGGAGAAAAUACUUAAAAAUUACAUGAAGGUUAGUAUCCUUAUCAGUAAGAUAUAGAAAUGGGAAAUACAUGUUGCAUGCCUUUGGUAGGCUAAAGACUGGCAAAAAGAAGUCUCAUGUAUACUCCACUCACACACUGAAUUGCCACCGAGUAAUUUGGGCAAAAAUAUAGAAAUUAGUAGCACUUCAGAGGUUCCACAUAGCAGGAGCAGAUGUGGCACAUUAUCCCCAUAGUUUUUGUGUCCCAUUCUUAACAGGAAAGGGUUGUGCUCCUGCCAUUGAUUUUGUUACAAGGUAGGUUCUUG